AUGGACGCCAACUUUACGAGUCACCAUCGAGCCGGAUACGUAGAUCGAAUAAGUGUCAUGAUGAUCCACUUCAUACUGCUUGCCCUCUUAGGAGCUCCUCAGGUCUUCGGAGCAACUUUCUUAAGGCCAGGCCCCUAUGGAGCACCGAUUCCGACGCCUUAUGGACCUGCGGCACCUGUUUUCGCUCCCCAUGCCCCGGUAGCCUACUAUCCGCCGGCACCGGCCGUCGCUGCGCCGGCACCGAUCGUCGCUGCCCCUCACACUCCAUACAUCACAUCCUACUCCUACGCCAGCCACAUAAAUCACGCGGUGCCUCCAGUGCACGUGGCACCCACCAUCUACGCGGCCCCAGCGCUGCCCCGCCUUGCACCGGUACCGGUGGCGUACGGUCCGCCUGUGCAGCCUCUACCGGCAUUCAGGCACGAUCCGCAUCACUACGCAGGGAAGUUGCCUUCGAGACAUUUCUAG